CUGGCAACACGCAGGGGGGUUACAGUGUGGAUUGUGGUCCUACAGAUAAAAAGUUCGCAGGGGAUAUUCUAGCGCACAGGAGGAAAAGUCGUUGAGAACAUGGCAAACAAACCACAGCAGCCUCCCCACCUUCAUCUGGCGGAAUUGAGCGCCACCCAGUUCAUCGACAUCUGGAACCAUUUCGAUACGGACGGCAAUGGCUACAUUGAGGGCAAGGAACUGGAGAACUUCUUCAGGGAGUUGGAGAUUGCACGGAGAGGGGCCGGAGUGGACCCAUCAAACUCCACUUUCAGAGAGAAGAUGAAGGAGUUUAUGCAGAAGUUUGACAAGAACGCAGAUGGGAGAAUUGAGAUGUCAGAGCUGGCUCAGAUUUUGCCCACGGAGGAGAACUUCCUGCUUUGCUUCAGAGAGUUUGUUGGAUCCAGUUCUGAGUUCAUGGCGGCUUGGCGACGAUACGAUACAGAUCGCAGUGGGUACAUUGAAGCUAAUGAACUGAAGGGAUUCCUCUCAGACCUGCUGAAGAAAGCCAACAGACACUACGAUGACCAGAAGCUUCAUGAGUACACACAGACAAUACUCAAGAUGUUUGAUCUAAACGGAGAUGGGAAGCUGGGCCUGUCAGAAAUGGCGAGGCUUCUCCCAGUUAAGGAAAAUUUCUUACUGAAGUUCCAGGGUAUCAAACUGACCUCUGAGCAGUUCAAUGCUAUCUUUGCAUUCUACGACAAGGAUGGAAAUGGCUACAUUGAUGAGCAGGAGCUUGAUGCUCUGUUGCGUGACCUCUAUGAAAAGAACAAAAAGGAGGUGGACACCAAAAACCUGAUUGACUACAAGAAGAGCAUCAUGGCCCUGUCGGACGGAGGGAAGUUGUACCGCUCCGAGCUGGAGAUUGUGCUCUGCAGGGAGCCCAUGCUGUGAACCCUGACAACCAUCGCUGUCUGUUUUUUGACCUCCAUGACCUUAUCUGCCCAUCCCCAGAUCACACCCACCCACCAGCUGCUUGGCGACUGUAACCUGGUGCAUGUGCCGGUCACUCCCUUCAUGAGUUUUGAAUGAAUGUGCAACUGAGAAGCACAAACCAGCUCUCCCUCAGAUCCCCUGUCCCCACUCGUCCCUGCAGACUGACCCAGCUAUUACGUUGCCCCUCAAAUUCUACAUUUAACAAAAUGAAUAAAGAUGAUAAAGGUACUUCUGAUAAUUAUGAUUGCAAUGUGAACAGGAGAGGAAUGAAAAUGAAUAUAAUAGGAUUAUUUAUUCUGAAUGUUUGGUUUGACUUUUCUCCUCUCUUUUUUCUCUGUUUCAUCUGGUGUUUCAUCGUUAAAUUAUUAUCCUGUUACAUUUAGAUUUUUGAGGUUGGGUUUUCUGGCUGAUACUGUUAUAAUGAGGAUAUUAUCGAAAGCAUUAAUUAAAGAUAUCUUACGAUUAA